AUGCGCGUGCUCACCCAGCCCUCGCUGGCGCUGCUGACAGCUGUGCUAUCAUCAUCCCCUUCACUAACAUCUGCCCUCGGCUUCUCGUGCGCCGAUAUCCGCGUCGACGAUGUGCAUUUCGAUCUGAGUCCGCUCGGCGGCGUCCAUGAGAUCUACAACGCCACCCAUCUGGAUGGGUACACGCAAAACACGACGUAUCUGAUCAACAUUUGCAACAUUCUGGGCGGUGCUUCGCACUUUGAAGGCGCCUACUGCGGGACGUCGAAGAACAUCUGCGGCUUUGAAAGGACGAUAUACGAUGACGACGAAGACGAAGACGAGCACCCGGUCGAAGUGCGACCUCUCCCUAUUGCCGGACUGGAUCCCGCUGGCGGCGGCAGCAAAGACCCAGAAGUCACGCGUUUGAAAAAGCAAGAUGCUGAUACAGAGGGAGUGCGUGUCAAAAUCGCCGGCGGCGAGAUUCACGAGCACGGCCAGAAAAAAGGCAAGCCGGCCUCGGCUGUUAUCGAGUUUCAAUGUGACCCCGACCGGACGGGUUUGGAGGGUCUGACAACGGAGAAGUCUGAAGACUCGGAUAAAAAUAAAGAGGACAAGGACAAGGACGAAGAAGAAAGCAAAAAGCGUUUCCGGCGCGAGGAUGAUGAGGACAAGGACGACGACGAGAAGGAAGGCGAUGAUGAAGAAGAAGAAGGCGACGAUAAAGACAAAGACAAUAGCGGAGAUAAAGCCGAUGGCGAGCAAGACACCUCCGACCGAAGCCUCCAGCUCAAGAGCUUCGGUCUCGUCGACGACAAAUACUACAUUCUCCGACUCGACUGGAAGACCAAGUACGCAUGCGAGAACUAUCUCAGCGACAACCCGUCGGAUUCUAACGGCAGUGGUCACUGGGGAUUCUUCACCUGGUUGAUCAUUAUCGUCUUCCUCCUGGUCGCUACAUACCUCAUCUUCGGCUCCUGGCUGAACUACAACCGCUACGGUGCUCGAGGGUGGGACCUUCUCCCCCACGGGGACACCAUCCGUGACGUCCCUUAUAUUUUCCAAGACUGGUUGCGCCGGGUGAUUAAUACCCUUCAAGGCCCCGGUACGAGAGGAGGAUAUGCUGCUGUAUAA